AGGUAGUGUGUCAAUACAUAAUUUUCUCCGGCCUUCUGCCUCCCUCUUUUGUUGAACUAUUCUUUUUAUCAGAGAAUAUACCAAAUUUUUAUUUUUUGUCAAAGAAAAAAUCGUCAAAUACAAAUAUAGAGUAUAAUCAAUAUUACGUGAUAUUCAAAACCCAGGGCAAGACACUUGUUUGAACAUGGUCGAUAAUUUCCUCGGAUUAUUAUAGAGAUGAAUGGGAAAAAUGAAUUUAUUGCUUCGAAAAACUUUAAAACAUGAAGAAACCUACCAUUGUGAUGAAACAUAAUAACAACAAAUAUCUAAUAUUCUAACUUCAGAAACAUUUCUGAUGCAUAGACUAAAAUUUACUUAUAGCCUCAUCCAGAUGGGCGAACCUAAUCAUUUUAACCAGCUUGAUGUCAUUUUUUCAACCAGGAACACAACACCAAAACGUGUUUCAACAACUAUAGUUCCAACGGACUCAAAUCACCUUUAAAAAACCCAAAAUGCUGAAAUCGUCAACACCAACAACUGCCCCAAGUGGUAACUUUCAAAAUGAAAUGAAAUAUUUUUUACUGUCAGUUGUCGCGCCGCUAGCGGCAAGCGGCUGUAAGGCAAACUAAAAUAAAUUUGUUCUGCAAUUUAGGUAGAACACCUUAUUCAAGUUUGUUAUCUUUGCGUACGUCAGUCGCAGACAGAUCUCGCAAAAAAAAAACGAUUUCGACGUUCUGGGGCCGCGAAUCGCGCAAAAGUGAAAUCCGCCGACGAAAAAAAUACAAAAAAUACGCCAUUAAUUAACGAAUUACGGUUCACCACGUCCAGAGAGCGCAACGACCGGCCGCCCUUGGUGGGGCGAUGCGCGCACGCGCGUUUCCGCUCGACAAUCGGUAGUUUGUGACGAUCAACGGAGGCGUGAGGAUUUGCGAUUUCGGCCGCGCAAAUUUGACGAGAAAAACGCCCGAAUUUGGUCCGUUGACGGCGUACCGGCGUCUCUAAAACCCUCGGCAGGCGCCGGCAAUGCGUUUUGACGGACGUGCGGUGCCCGCGUAGCGUCGAUCGUCACGAACGAGCUCGGCGGUUCUGGUGAAUCGCGCGAAUUUGCUGCGGACACACACGUGUGAAAAAUGCCGGCGUCGACUUUCGAUCCGGUGAACGCGGCGCUUCGCACCGCGCUGACGAAAAACAACGGCGAGGGCCGCGAUCUGGACGCCCAGCUGGCCGGCAGCACGAAGAAAGCCCUUUUGGCAAAUAUCGACUUCGAGGCGGCGGGCAGUUACCACAGUACCGUGCUAGAAGGGUUGAAAAGCAAAUAUAUCGUGGUGAAGAGCACGGAAACGGCCCCGCAAUCGCACAUCUGCAAGGCGGACGGCGAGCAGCGCAAAGACGAGGACGUCCUCGCGCCCGCCAAACGGGAACUCUAUCCGCAGGACGCGGUUAAACUGGGGUGGGAUAACGGCACCGAAUGGUCGGUGGGCGCCGGAAUGGUGAAUAUGGGCAACACGUGCUACCUAAACUCGACGCUGCAGGCGCUGUUCCACGUGCCGUCGCUGGUCAACUGGCUAAUGUCGGACAAGGACCACGCGGGCCUGUGCCAGGACUCCGGGGGUAUGUGCAUCAUAUGCGCUAUGCGCAAAACCCUGCAGGAGUCGCAGCAACGCAACGUCACCUCGAUCAGGCCGAUCCUGAUCUACAACAAGCUGAGGCUGGUGUGCCGGAACCUGAUACCGGGACGUCAGGAGGACGCGCACGAGUUCCUACGGUACCUGGUAGAGGCGAUGGAGAAAUCGUACCUGCAACGGUUCAAGAACUACGCGGAGUUCGACUCCAAAGUGAAGGAGACGACGCCUCUGAACCAGAUCUUGGGAGGAUACUUGCGAUCGGCGGUCCGUUGCCUGCGGUGCGGCCACGUCAGCACGACGUUCCAGCACUUCCAGGACCUGCUGCUCGACAUCAGGAAAGCGCAGACGGUCGCGGAGGCGCUCGAGUUGUACUUUUCGCGCGAGAAACUCGACGACGAGUCGUACCAGUGCGAGGCGUGUCAGAAGAAGGUACCCGCUACCAAGCAGUUCUCGAUCGAGCGCGCUCCGAUGGUGCUCUGCGUUCAGCUCAAGCGUUUCUCCGUCAGCAACAACAAGAUCACGAAACACGUGACGUUCAGGCAGAGGCUCGACCUGACGCGGUUCGCGCGCCAAAAACCCCACUCGCCGCUCAUCUACCGCCUGGUGGCGCUGGUGACGCACAUGGGACCGACGGUCAGCUGCGGCCAUUACACCGCGGUCGCGCAGGCGCCGUCCGGCAACUUUUACCAGUUCGACGACAGCAUGGUGAGGCCGAUAUCGCACCAGACCGUGUUCAACACGAACGCGUAUAUCAUGCUCUACGAGCUGGAGUCGGCGCCGACGCAGUCGCCGAAGGCGGCGCCCAAGGCGAAGGCGCCGAGCACUAUCACCGAGCCGGCGUCGGACUCGACCGCCGUCGCCGCCCCCAAAAUCCCGAACGGAGUCGGUUUCACGAGCGACAAGAUGUACGGGCCGGAGCUCCCGCCCCCACCGCCGCCCCCGCCACCUGUUAAGGCGAACGGCGGCUUAACGUCGACCAACGGCGCCGCCCCCGUGACGUCGUCGUCGUGUCGCGGCGCCGACGACUCGAGCGGCGGCGACUCGUCCGAGGAGGAGGCGGCGCCCAAGCCCGCGUCGCCGCCCGUCAAGGAACCCGACAGCUCGACGGCGGCGACGACGUCGUCGAGGGACGCGUCGCCCGACUCGGCGUCGCCGAAGAAGACCUCUAUCUCGCCGUCUAAGUCGCUGGUACCCUACGACACGGGCGACACCAGUAGCAGCGACGACUCGAACCAUUCCGAGAGCAAGACGACGGUGGCCGGCGAAUGGCAGGUGACGUCGUCGACGGACGUGACGCAACGCGAACCCGGAGGAGGCGGCAACGUCGUCUCUGACCUCUACAAGAUGUCGAAUUCGACAUACGCGACGCCGGUGUUCACGUGGAACGGCACCAGGUCGCAACUGGACAAGGAGGUCGGCGCCGAGAAGCGGGACGAUCGGAAAAGGCAUGUCGCUGACAGUUCCGGGGACCAGGGGCGGGCCAAGCACCCGAAGAUCACUUACGGCAAGUCGAAUCCCGGCUACAACCCGAUCCAGGAGUACCACAACGCGAAGAACUGGAGCAACGGGUCAUCGUCUUCGGGCGGGUACCACAAACCUUUCUACGGCGGGAACCGGCACCGCCGCGGGUUCCACCACAAGGGCAAUUUCCACAAAAACAACUACCGGUUUCGGUAAUCGGCCGCGAGAGAGCGUUGUAAAAAUUUGUAUAUGGUCAGCCCAAGUUUUUGUUUCCGUGUUAGUUUUUUACGCCUACGCGCGUUGUUUUGAACGUUUUGUUGGCCGCCUGCGCAUUUUACGUGUAAUAUAGUUAUUUUUUUUAAUUUCCUGUAUGUGUACAGUCCCCCCCCCCCCCCCCGGUCUCGUUUUA